GAUUCAUUCUUGAUGACACGGUCAUCGGCUGUGAUCCACGCCAGGCUGCGUCUUGUCGCUGAAAACUUAUCCAGUUUAGAUGACUGUCUAUUCUAUUAUGUUUCAUUUCUCUUAAUUAGUCAUCACUUUUUUCUUUAAUUAACCCAGAGAUUCAACAAUUGGCCGCUGGAUGUGUAAACGUUUUCUCCUCCUGCCGGUGGCGCGGCUUCAGGCUUCAUCUCUCCAAGGGCUCUGCAAGGUGGCCGUCACAAGUGUGCAGCGUCCACAUUCUCUGGAGAUUCACAUCAUUUGGAGCUGCUCCCAUCUCUGACAGGUGUUCUUUUUUUGUGCGCAAAAGUGCGCGCAUUUAUAUGCGCAAAUAAGCGUUCCGGGUACUUUCCACUAUUUGGACACUAUUUGUGGAACAUGUGGAGCUGGGACGCAUGAAACAGAAAGCUGUAACAUGAGGAGGAGCCGACCCCACGCAAGUAUGGGACUUCCUGUGCUUUGCAGAUGGCUUGUAUUCAUAGCGGCGGUGCCUGCCUGGCUGCUGGCGGCUCCAAACACCAUCCGUGAGCGUCCCUGCCCUCAGAGCUGUAGAUGCGAUGGCAAAAUAAUCUACUGUGAAUCCAAUGCUUUCCGUGACGUGCCAAGCAAUGUUUCCGUGGGAACACAGGGACUCUCGCUGCGUUACAACAGUCUGAUGAGCCUAAGGGCUCACCAGUUUGCAGGCCUCAGUCAACUGGUUUGGCUGUACCUCGACCACAAUUACAUCGGUUCCGUGGAUGGUCAAGCACUUCACGGCAUACGCAGGCUCAAAGAACUGAUCCUAAGCUCCAAUAAGAUCACUUUGCUUAAAAACAACACUUUCCAUGAUGUUCCCAACUUGCGCAAUCUCGACCUUUCCUACAAUAAACUCCAGGUACUCCAGCCGAAUCAAUUUGUGGGUUUAAGGAAGUUGCUCAGUUUACACUUGAGGUCAAAUUCAUUAAAAACUGUCCCCAUGCGGGUUUUUCUUGACUGUCGCAAUCUGGAAUUCCUAGAUAUCGGUUACAACAGGCUACGGAGUCUGACCCGUAACGCCUUCGCCGGACUCUUUAAGCUCAUUGAGCUGCAUUUGGAGCAUAACCAGUUUUCCAAGAUCAACUUUGCUCAUUUCCCUCGCCUGACCAACCUGCGGGCGUUGUACUUGCAAUGGAACCGCAUUAAAAUGCUGAUGCAGGGUCUGCCGUGGAUGUGGACUUCCCUGCAAAAACUGGACCUGUCUGGAAACGAACUUCAGACCUUGGAUCCGAGUACAUUCCAAUGCCUGCCCAACCUCCAGACGCUUAACCUGGACUCCAACAAACUGAACAAUGUGUCUCAGCAGACAGUGGAGACUUGGAUCUCUCUCACCACCAUAAGUCUGGCGGGUAAUCUGUGGUAUUGUAAUCCUAACAUAUGUCCGCUAGUGGACUGGCUCAAGGCCUUCAAAGGGAACAAGGAGACCACUAUGAUCUGUACAGGCCCUAAGGAGGCACAGGGAGAGAAAGUGAGCGAUGUGGUGGAGACUUAUAACAUCUGCACAGUAACGCCGAGCCCCAUUACCUCAACAAGGGCACCGCUCACGUCUGCGUUUCAAACUGAACUGCUCCCUCUUCCCACACAGCCUGAAGUGGAUAAGAAGCUUGCAGAGAACAGGACAUCCUCUCCUACCCCUCCCCAGGCCUCCCCUUCUAUCCCUUUACCAGAUUCCGAGUACGUGUCCUUCCAUAAGAUCAUAGCCGGAAGCGUGGCGCUCCUGCUCUCUGUGGCUAUAAUCCUACUUGUUAUUUACGUCUCAUGGAAGCGCUAUCCCAGCAGCAUCAAGCAACUUCAACAGCGUUCCUCUGUUAAAAAGCGGCAGAAAAAGGCUCGGGAGACCGAGCGCACCCUUAAUUCGCCACUGCAAGAGUAUUUCGUGGACUACAAGCCUACACACUCAGAGACAAUGGAUGUGCUGGUUAAUGGGACAGGACCUUACACAUACACCAUCUCAGGCUCCAGGGAAUGCGAGAUACCGCUGCAGCUGAGAGCCGUGACGUACGGGUGUGAGCAGUCAGUGCUGGAUUACUGCCAUGCUCACCUGCACUUUAACAUGGAGCCCCACAUUCAGGAGACGGACAGUUUAAGGCCAAGCAGGUACCAGCGAGGCCCGAUGACUGUGCUCCCUUCCGCGCCUGUGUCGUCUUACCCCCAGACCUAUUCCCGCCGUCAGUGAAGUAAAUAAUCAGCAGACAUUGCAAAUAAAACAAGCUGUUGAUGAUGGGAAGUGGUACUGGUAAUGAUGCAACAGAGACAGUUAAUCUACUGAAAAGCAUCCAGGACCACAAAGUAAUGAGGAUGAAAUAUUUCUGAGCGGAAAUAUAAGCGUGCAUCUGUAUUGACUGAUGAGCUUCUGACCCAUCAAACCUUCAAUAUCCUCAAUUAGCCAAGGAGGCUGAACAGCAGCUUGACGUUCAAUGUUCCGCUCUUGCUCCCGCUUUCCUUGUUGAGGAGUUAAGGAUAACACUUCAAUGAUUUGUUAAUCCUAUUAAACAUUCUGUGUUUUUUGCCACUUUUCCACGUCUGGGUACCUCUGCUGUGUCCGGUAAAGUAAUAAAAUUCAAACUGAUAUAAAUACAGAAGGGAUGCGGUGUAAGAAGUACUGCAAUUUUUCUGCUGCUUUUUUAUUUAGAUGUUAUUGUCAUUAUGAAGAUGCCAGCCAGAAGACACUGUACAGCGUUCAAUGACACAAACAAAAAGUGUCACAUGUACAGCCACACACCAUGCCACAAUAUACUGCAGUAUGUGGAAUUUUGAUUUUCUUCAUCAAAUAUACAUCAAGAAUCAACAAAACACACUUAUAUUUAGACAGCUUUUGAUCAUUCAUUGAAAUCAUUGUAUCAUUUUUUUUUCUUCUCCCCAAAUGUGUUCUUCAACCAGUUAUCUUAUCGUGCACUCACAUACAGUAUCUACACGUGCGUACUUUUUACGGGAUGUGACAUAAUAUAUGGCAAAUAAAGUGUGGUAAAUCACCCAUAGGAGUGUGAUGAUUGAAUUUGACACUAAAGAGCAGCAUUGAACAUUUAG